UCCACCUUCAUGUGCCAUUAUAUUUCAAACAUGGCGCACGCUUCUGUAAGAAAUCUUGGGAGAAUUGUAUGCUCUGCAAGUCAGGCGAAAAUGACUGGUCUGCUUAGGCAAGCAGUGAGGCGAAACAAUUUGUCUGGUUUAAAAAGUGUCUUUGCUGAAAUUUCAACAUCAAAUAAACAUUGCAAAUCUUCGCUGCAGAAUAUACUCAAGUCUGCUGGAGUCAAAAGCAAGCAGAGAUUCAACAUGAAUGAAAUGCAACGAUGCCUUGCUGUUGUAGCUAUGAUAUCGAAUGUAUCAGUAUCAAAUGUGACGUCGGGGUCAGAUUGUGAUAUGCUUGAAGGAUCAGAAGAAGGUGAUGAAGUUUGCUCUCAAGGGAAAAAGCAUAGCCGCCGAUCAAUAUGUACGUAGCUAGUAUUAAAAGCACUAGACUUGUAGUAUUUUUUCGUGUUUAUACUUUUUUGUGAGUCGAUAAUAUGAUUUCUAGUGUAAAUGUUGCUUUUUGCUUCAUGAGUUGUUUUGACUUUACAAAAAAUGGCGUAUAAUCUACUCAAUAUGUAGGCAGUUUGAUUGGAUUGGAAAUGUUUUAGUUUAUUCAUGUAAAAAAACUGUGCAAGUUAUGAGA